CUUACAAGCUUCAUUCAAGUAAUCCUAGUUAACCUGCUAACCCUAAGCGCUUAAGCCGAUAGCCAGUACCUCCAACGGUCAUCCAUUCAAGUCAUUUGUUCCGAGUCAUUUGCGCCCCGGCUUAUAUUGCGAAGUUGCAUUGAGAUCAUAGAUACAGAGUAAUGUCCCGUGUAGUGAACCAACCCCGUGGACCAGGAGGGCCUGUUCGUAAGCAUCCAGAGCCAUCAAAGCAUGCAGAAGAAUCUGAAGACGAUGAAUACAGCGAUGACGGAGGCCGGUCAGCGGACGAGAUCGGUAAGACCUUUACCUAUCGGAGCACGUUGACACCAUCUGAAGCAGCAGCAUUGGAAAGCUUUAAGAGGCGCGACCGAGAUGACUCCGAGGAGGAACUCUACCCCUUGCCUCCAAGACAGCGAAAUGUCACCUACGUUGACCUCCGACGGCCCCUCCGCUCCCGCUCCCUGGGUUCCGACUGGGAGGCACUGUGCAUGGCCUUGUCCCAUUCCGGCAACACGCUGGCCAUCGGCGGCCGACAGGGUGUGGUGCAGCUGCUCAACCCAGCCACCCUAGAACCCAUGGACACACUCGUCAUGUCGCAGCUCCUCUCCUCCUCCUCCUCCUCCUCCUCCUUCACCUCCUCUGCCGCCGCCUCCACCUCAAGCAACGCCGCCGGCAGCAGCUUCGGUCCCAACGCCGCCGGAUCUCGAGCGGGAGCAGCGGGGACAGCAACAGCAACAACGACAGCAAGGACAGCAACAGCGGGGUCAACAGGAGCAGCGGCAGUGGGGGCAGCGGCAGGUGACCCUGGCCAGGGCGACCCUAGCGGCGGCGGCGGCUUGCCAGGCGGCAGCAGCAGGGGCAGCAGCAGCGCUGACGGCGGGAGUGCGGGUGUGAUAACGUCGGUGUGCUUUCGGCCGGACCUGCCGUCAAGCAGGAUGGAGAACGUGCUGUUGGUGGCGCAGGGCGACUCCAUCUCGCACCUGCAUGUGGGCACCCGGCGGCUGCUGCACCGCUGCCGGGAGGCGGGCAACAAGGUCAACACGCUGGCCAUGAGGCAGGAUGGGGAGGUGUUUGCAUCCGCCGGUUCCGAUUACGUCGUACGAGUGUACGACGAGGCAAGCUGCUCGGUAUGUCGUACACUGGAUCACGGAGACGGCGUAACCACCAACGGUCACACCAACCACGUCUUCGCGCUUGCAUGGCAUCCGGGGGACCCCCAGGUGCUGCUGUCGGGCGGGUGGGACAACCGGGUCCUGGUGUGGGACCUGCGGGUGCACAGGUCCGUUCGCUCCAUCUCCGGACCGCACCUCUGUGGCGACGCGCUGGACCUCCAACCCGGCAGCUGCAGUGGCAGCAGCAACAUCAGCGGCAGCAGCAGCGGUGCUGGUGGUGUCCUGCUGACGGGCAGCUGGCGUCACAGCGCCCCGCUGCAGCUGUGGGACCUGGGCAGCGGCCGCCUGCUGAGCAACCUGCCCUGGUGGCAGCCGCAGCAGGACGCGUGCCUGCCGUACGCGGCGCGGUUCGGGCGCGGGCAGGGCGCGGAGGGGUGCGUGAUGGCGGGCGGGAGCGGCAGCCAGCCGGUGGUGCGCGUGUAUAAGAUGAACGACCCGGGCGACGUGGAGCUGCAGUUCUCAGUGCGGCUGGAUCGCCCCGUGCACGCAUUGGUGCAGCUGAAGCCGACCCAAGCCGCCAGCGGACCCAUGGGUCAGUCUGGCCCGGUGUUGGCGGUGUGCUGUGACAAAGAGAUACACACCGUGUCUCUGGCUCCAGGGGGAGCAGAGGCCAGGUGAGGGCUUGGGGCCCCCUAGGGGAAAGCUGCGGCUAUGAUGUGAGUGCGGCUGUGGAUCUGGGAUUGGGUUGGGGAGGACAGGCGCUGGGGAAAAGAGGAAACAAGUAACUGGGGAGGUGGGGUCUGUGUGGACGUCUGGCGGUGUGGGUUGAAGGCCUUUGUCUUUUUCGCCGCGUAGCGUAGCGCCAUGUAUGCGUGCGGCUAUGUGUGGGCGGGCGGUGGUUCCUCAAGCGGGGUUGGAGGAGCCGGGAGGCUUUCGAGGAGCAUGGAACGGAGUUGUAAAGAGACAUGGGUCUAGCAGAAGUAAUUCGUGCUUGUGAGGGAGAGGCAUCCUCAGCGACGUCCUCGCGGAAGUAAAGGGAGAUAGCGCUGCAAAAGGCUGACAUUUAGCCGAUUCUUUGCGAUGGGUUGUUGAUGUCUGUGGGGUACUUGCACCUUACCGGGAAGGCAACGUCCUAGUAGGCAUGCGUAUGGCCUGUUCUGGACGACAGGACGUAUGAUCUGGGGCAGGGUCGAUCCGAUAUGCUGCAAUAUGCUCCUGGAUUAACUUAAUGCGCGGAAUUUGUGUACGAGCUGUAGCGAGUUCCUUGCAUGAACCGAGCGGGAUGCGGAGUUAAUGCUUUGCAUUCCCCUUCACGCCCAACCGCAAUCGAUGUUUUCGAGGUUACGCUUGAAGGAUAGUAGAUGCUCGGGGAUCCUGGCCUCAUAGGGGAGCUGGCACCGCUUCGCAGUUGCUGCGUGAAGGGUUGCGUCCGUUGCACUUCCCACGCACCUUUCGCACCUGUUGUUAGGUAAGCGUCGAACCUGACACGAUAAAAGCAACAUAUGUAUAAUGUUGUAAAGAAAACAUGCAACCGCUUCUGGAUCAAAUUUACCGGACGGGAAACAUCUGUGCUGCAUGUUCCGGGGGCCGCCAGCGAAGCAUGGCAACCGGCUGCAGCGUUCAUAAUGCAUAACUACUAAGCAACAAACGGUUGGUGACUUUACUUGUAUGCUAACCUGCGUAUCACACGUAUGUCCCUUAGGAUCGAUAAGUGCAGACGUGACUAGGCCUGACCCACAAGUGUAAACUCGCUGUCUGCGUUGGUAGCAAGGGAUACUAUGAACUUUAACAGCAAACGAUCUGUCACCGAUGAGCAAAAUGAGCGGCACAAACGGCUAUUGGCAGGCAUCCUUAAGGAAGAGGGGAAUAAGAGCUGCGCUGAUUGCAAGACUCGCAAUCCGACAUGGGCUAGCGUCAACCUCGGUGUCUUUGUCUGCCUGACGUGCUCGGGCAUCCACCGGUCGCUUGGUGUGCACAUUUCUCAAGUCCGGUCGUGCAACCUGGACACCUGGCUGCCCAAGCAAGUGGAAUUCUGCAGGGUCAUGGGCAAUGUGAAGGGCAACAAGUACUGGGAAGCACGGCUUCCAAAGGACUUCAGGCGCCCACCAAGCGGCAACCCCAACCCAGAACUCGCGGCAUUCAUCCGCGCUAAGUACGUGGACAGAGCCUUUGCUGCCAUGGAUGCACAGCCACCAACGAUCGAUAACUACCUUGACCAUCCAUACGCCAAAGACGCCGAUUCCUCCUCGGCACCACCAACCACCGCAACUUCCGCUGCGCCAUCGGCCCAGGCGCCACCCUCCGCCCAGCGGUCAACGCCCACCAAGGCCGCAGCGUUGACCACCGACCUGCUGGGCGGGUUCGACGAGCUUGCGGGCAUCUCAGCUCCGCCCAACUCGCAAACGCCACACUCCGCACCCCCAGCCAACAGCGAUCCCUUCAGCUCCUUCAUCUCCGCACCCCCAGCAGCCACCACCACCACCUCCUCGGCUCAGGGAGCAUGCUCCCUGGAGUGGACCGACUUCCACGCCGCGGCUCCGGUGCCUCCGGUGGUCCUCGCGCCCCCGCCCCCGCAGCCGCUGCUGCUGCCUCCUCAGUCCUCCGGCCUCUCCCACCAGCGCAGCUAUUCCAUCAGCGAGGGCGUGCCUACCAACACCACCGGCAGCGGCUCCUCCGCCUCGAGCGCCUUUUCCGUCCAGCCCACGCGCUUCUCCGUCGCCCAAGCAGCGGGCUCCUCUACGCACGCCAGCCACGGCCACCACCACCAUCACCACCAGCAUCAGCACCACCCCGCACAACAGCCCCACCAUCCUAUUGCAACCACCGGCAGCAGCAGCAGCCACCACAAGACCAGCUCCUCCGACCCCUUCGGCUCCUCCAUGCUGCACACGGAAGACCUGCUCGCGGGGCUCACCAUCCAUCAUGUCAUGGAAUCCAUGGCCGUACCGCCCGCCGCCGUACCUGCUGCCGUACCUGCCGCAGGCGGCUCGCUCUCUUCCUCCUGCUUGGCUAACGG